AUGGACCAAUAUCACGUUCUUGAAUGUAUCGGUGAAGGUUCGUUCGGUCGGGUUUAUCGUGGUCGUAAGCGCUACACUGGCCGAACUGUGGCCUUGAAAUUCAUUCCAAAAUCCGACAAAAGUGACCGCGCUUUUCAGAACCUAAAGAAAGAAAUUGAAAUAAUGAAGUCCUUAAAUCACCCCAACAUCAUCGGUAUAGUGGACGCAUUUGAAACUUCAAAAGAAAUGGUUGCAGUUACUGAAUAUGCUGAGGGAGAUCUUUUCCAAAUUCUCGAGGACGAUAGGUGCUUACCCGAGGAUGUGAUUCAGUCUAUAGCCGCUCAGCUUGUAUCAGCGCUGUACUACUUGCAUGCCAACCGAAUUCUUCAUCGUGACAUGAAACCCCAGAAUAUUCUUCUAGGACACGGAGGGGUUGUCAAACUUUGUGACUUUGGGUUUGCUCGAGCAAUGAGUUUCAACACCCUCGUUCUCACUUCUAUCAAGGGCACUCCUCUUUACAUGGCUCCGGAAAUUGUUGAAGAAAGACCUUACGAUCACACGGCCGAUCUCUGGGCUUUGGGUUGCAUUAUAUAUGAGCUUUCAGUCGGUACCCCACCUUUCUACACAAAUAGUAUAAUCAAGCUGGUAAAAAUGAUUACCAAUGACAAAGUGAAGUGGUCAGAAAAAAUGUCACCCAUGUUCAAAAGUUUCCUUGCCGGGCUGCUUGAAAAAGAUGCCAGAAGGCGAUUGCAAUGGCCUGAGCUUCUUUCCCAUCCAUUUGUUGCAGGUCUCGUCUCCGUGUCACCAGCAAUUAUGAAACUGCGAAGUCCGUUCACUCAGCCGUUGACAGCUAGUCAGUCCUUAGAGAAAGAGCGACAGACUCAAAUGAAAGCCCGGCCAAAAAGCAGUCGAAUUUUGCGAACUCUUUCAAAAGACGCAGCCCCACCAUGUCCGGAAUUACCCCUUUCUUCGCCCCCUAUUACAGCUCAUAGACCUAAGGCUGCUGCUCUAUCUCCGAAUCCUCUGAAAGGAAACAAACCGUUAGCUGCUAUGGGGCCCCAACCACACACACAGGCUGUCGAAAUGACGGAAGCCAUGACAGCCUGGCUUGGUUGCAUCACUCGUUGGGAUGUGCACGUUUGGGAGACCCUGGGCCGUGUUCGUGAAGGUGGAGGUAGGGCAGUGGCGUCGGAGAUUCAAGCUCUAGUAUCUUCGGCGCGUCUAGUGAGCGCAGAGAGUGUUUCCGCUUUGAGUACUGGUGCUGUAUGGGAUCUGCUGCUCCUACGAGAUACUCGUUUUGUGGCGGCUACACGAGCUUGUCUUGGCGAGGCCGCUUGGUGGGCUCAUCUUCUUGCCGGUGAAAUUCCUCCCACUGCUCCCAAUGCUCCAACUCCCACACAGGCUGCUAGGCACAUUGAGGCUAUAAUUGCUGUUCUAUCUAACGUCAUCACUAUCGAAUGCAAUGUCGAUGUUCUUGCUGAUUUCUACGAUCAAACUAGAGUCCCCACAUUCUUUAUCCAAUUACUGGCGGAACUUCUCACAAAGGAGGUGUUUCUUUCGCAAUCGUGGUCACAGAAUCCCCUACUACGAAUUGUCUUUACGGUGAAUGCUUACUUUGUUAGCGAAAUAGCCCAUACACAGGAGCCUCCUGUUGCAGCUCAAGCCACAUAUGUCGGAGUGGGUUUGAAGUUGCUGCAGUUAGUGCCUUCUCUCUUGUGCUUGACCCAAGACACUGACUUUAUUCGUGGUGAGCAGACUAUUAUCUGUAUUCGUUACUUCCUUGAAUGCCUUCGAAAAUGGCCGAAUGCGGUGAUAUCACAAUUUCUAUCGGCAGCUAUUUCCGACUGUACUGCUUCCAUUGAUGUGCUUCUGCAGUUCCCUUCCAUUGGAAGGACAUCUAAGGUGUCAUGUCCUAGUUUGGCAUUGAGCACAUAUCCUGCUCUGCUUCAACAUGCUCGUGAACAUGCUGACGGUAUUCGCGAGAACGUGAUCGCCAUUCUUGCCCUACUUACCGAUCCCUUUAGACACGAGGAAAGCCAGGCGACGUCACAAGUCUUUCCGGCAAUUUCCCAGCAGAUGGCAGCGUAUAUGGGUUCACGGCUCUGCGAUCGUCACAUGAAGCAGUACCUGCAAACACUAGUCUGUGCCAUUCGUGAAACCAACGUUUGCACCUACGCAGCCAGUAUUCUCUACGAGUGCAUGCUGAAUGCCCCCUCGAUGGCUGUUCUUUUAGCCUCAGAUGACUCGGGCUAUAUUGACAGUCUGAUUGGAAUUCUGGAAUUUCUUCUGCAAGAAACUCAGCCGAAAACAGUUAAGCUAAUCGAGAUUGCAAUUCUUUCACUGAGUUGUACUAUCAUUACAAUGCGUUCGAUACCUAAUUCGAUCUCUGCCAGAGUGAAGAAAUUAUCUUCCCUCUUCACCCACUCCCAAUUGCCUAAUCAUGCGGCUGCAAUGGGACUCCUGCUAGGAGAAGUGAUGCGAUAUCAGCCCCUAAUCCCUGUGGUCGAAGCUAGAGAUCUUGCUCGCGUAUUGCAGCUCGUAUUGAGUAGUCCCUUAGUACAGAGCCGUGAGGCACGAGAACGUUUAUUAGCUGCUGCACGGCCCCUCUCCUCGACCACAUCGGUCUCCUGUUCGUCAAUUGUCACCACAACCCCGUCUGCUGCUGCUGCUGCUGCCACGGAUGCUGAAGGCGAAGUGGCCGCUGCAAUACUCUUUGGCCUUCCACAAACACCCUGGCCUUGUGAGAGGGGGUGGCUGGAUGGGGUAUUCCAUCUUGUUCAAUGUUGUUCUUUACAUCCUCAUCUAUGGAUAUCACUGCUCCGUCACCUCCUUGAGGGCCAGGUCUGGUCUCGAAUGUGGCCCACCAUCGGACAGGUUCUAGAUAUGUCUGCUCGUCGUCAAGCCAAUGGCAAUGGGUCAACACGACCUGCUCUAUUAGAUUGGCGACUUCUCUCUCCAACAGGUCUUCAUCACGCCCUCAUUCUUGCACUCAAAAUUGCUCAACAGGAACCUCGUCUUCUACUACAUUCGAUUCGUGAUGAGACUACAGAUGUCCUAUCCUGUUUGAACUUGCUCAUCUCGCUGCCUAAGAAUUAUCCCAGGUCGGUCUCAUCCCUAUUAUUUAUUUAUAUCAAAUGGUAG